AUAUGCAGAUCAUUUAUAAAUGAUCCAAACAUAUAGUAAAAGAGAUCCGAAACUCCUGACGUGAUCAAAUGUCCAGCUGUAAAUUUGAACACAUUUCACUGUAGAAAAGAAUCUCAGUAGAGACUGUGUCAGAUUUAAGCUUAGCAGCACUGAUCUAAUUCUGUUGCUAUUGAAAAAGCUGUGUCCUAUCCUCCCUCGUCUGCUGGUAGCUCGGGUAACCUUAAUAUAAAGGAAUGCAGAAGAUGAUGCCAGAUUUAUUUUGGGCUGAGAUUCAGAUGUUAAAAUAGCAAAAAAGGUUACAGGGUAGAUUACUAAGGAGAACGCAGACAGUUGUGCUGUCGACCCACAUGUAGCUCUUUUACAGAGAGACCUUGAAAAUCAACGUUUCCAGCCAAGGUUAUAAAAGCAGAAGUGCAGCAUCCAGACAUGCCCAGAGGCCUCAGCUGCUUGGCGAGCCCUGAGGGGGAAGAUGGCAGGUAUGAGACCCCCCCGGCUUCAGAGCUUCAGAGGCUAAUGUGGACAAAGAAAGGGACCAGCAGCCAUCUGGAUCAGGUUCAUUCCAGGAUCUACAUCGGAGACAUGUAUGCAGCCAAAGACAAGAGGACACUCCAGGCUCACCACAUCACCCAUGUACUCAACGCUGCUGAUGGGAAGUUCAACGUGAACACGGGCCCCAGCUUCUACCGAGACACACAAAUCACUUAUUAUGGAGUGGAAGCUUUUGACAUGCCAUCCUUUAACUUGAGUCCCUUCUUUUACCCAGCAGCUAAUUUUAUCAAGGACGCUUUGAGCUCGCCCACAGGCAAAGUGUUUGUCCACUGUGCGAUGGGUCUCAGCCGCUCAUCCACCUUGGUUCUGGCCUACUUGAUGAUCUACGAGAACAUGACACUGGUGGACGCCAUCAAAGCUGUCAGCGCCAACAGGAACAUCUCACCUAACAAUGGUUUCCUGGAGCAGCUGAGAGAGCUGGACAUAAAGCUGCACUGCCAGGGAUCAUCCAGGAGCUAGAGUACCAACAGGUGGACUUGAGAUCAAAUCCAUCCGUCGAUAAAUUUGGAUUAUAUUCUUGAGUUUUUAGUAGAUAUUCUUGCGAAGAUAUGAAUGUAAAAACAUGCUCUUAUUGUCUUUCCUUCGUAGACAAAUUCCAUUUUUUGUAAAGAAAUGAAAGUGACUUAAAUCACGUUAAAGGCUUUUCAUUGUAAUAAAAUAUGAUUUAAAGAUUAAAACCAA